AUGGCUAUUCCAUUAAAGAGUCUCUGGAAAAUGAAAGUGCUUCAUGCUGUUAAGAUCUUUAUGUGGAGGGCUUCUAUAAAUGCACUACCAACUAAAGCUAACCUAUUCAAACGGAAAAUCAUGAAAGAGCUCCUAUGCCCGCUUUGUGGCUUCGUGGCUGAGACUACUGGACAUAUUUUGUGGGGUUGUCAGGUUGCUAAGGAUGCCUGGAGCAUAUGUGGGAGGAAGAUUCAAAUAAGAAGUAUAGAGCACGAGAACUUUGUGGCCGUUAUAGAGACCCUCCUACAUGAAUUGAAGAAUAAAGAAGUGGAAUUUGUGGUGAUUGGGGAACGAAGAUUGUGGCUAUGUCAUAAUGUGGUGGUCCAUGGAGGAACUCUCAGCCACCUUUCCCUACUCGUAAGCAAUGCUUCAGAAUCCCUUGAGGCUUUUUGUAAUGCAAAUUCUUGUAUGAAGACAAGGGUAGAAGUGGAUCAUAAUACGAACCUUAAAUGUCUAGCCUCCUUAGAAGGUUUUCUUAAGGUCAAUAGGGAUGUAGCAGUAGAUAGGCGUACAAGGAAGAUGGCUACAAUGUUUGUGUCAAAUGGUUAUAUAAUUGAUCUUGGGAUUGCUGAAGCCAUAGUAGCAUUGAGAGCAACUAGUUUUUGUAGAGAGUCGAGCCACCAACAGGUUGUGCUGGAAGAUGACUCUCUUCAAGUGGUGCAUGCUUCGCGGAAAGAAGAUAGAAACUUAAGCAAAUAUGACCAUCUAAUUGAGGAGACCUGA